AUGGAACCAAAGGUGGAAAGACAAUCUUCGAAGAACCAAGGCAGUAAAGCAGCCCCUCAGGCAGCCAGGCUCCCUUCUGCGAAUCAGCAACAAGCCUCAGGAGACGCAGACUUCUUGACGUUGAACCGUUCAUGGGUGAAUCGUGAACAUACGUUGAAUAAUAAGUUUCAAGACGAACUUUGGUGGAAAGCGAAACCCCAUAGCGGGAAUACCCUGGAGCGCUGGAGAGUCCAAUCGAUGAUAGAUGGUCCAUAUCAAAACAUGGAGUCGAUUAUGACGAAGACGAAGACGAAGACGAAGAUUGACCAAUCUAAGCCUUCUAACAUUCAGUCACCGAAACACGCAAGGACCGUAAGCGAAGCAGCAGCUACCUCGGGAUCCAAGUAG